AUGUUCGAGAAGGGGCGGCAUGAGAUGAUGUGCGAAUCAGAAGUUGAAUGUACGUCGUGGAUCCGACUUUUCAGAGCCUUCGACUUGGAUCACGAUGGCUUCAUCCCAACGACAGAUUUGAAACGAGCCAUACGCGAUUCUGCGUUCUCGUUUGGUCUGAAUCCUGAAGAGGUUGUCACGAUGAUUGCGAAUAUCGAUGACAAUGGUGACAAGCUCAUCGAUUUUCCGGAAUUCUGCACUUUGAUGAGUCGAGUCAAGCACCGACGUCUUCUUCACCUGAUGUUCAGAGCGGCGCAGUUCGUCGUGCCCAAAUCAAAGCGAACAGAGCCUUUCGACUAUCUGCAGAAGUAUAAAUGCUGCCCUCCGCCAGUUUUUAUGCUUAUCAUAAGCAUAAUACAGGUUGCGAUCUACAUCUACUAUACGAUAGAAUCCGGUGAAGGUGUAAGUAUAACUGGACCUGUUCCGAGCAAAUCUCCCCUCAUUUUCAAUCCAUAUCGCAAAAGUGAAGUGUGGCGAUAUAUCACCUAUAUGUUCAUCCAUAUUGGAAUCUACCACGUCACGUACAAUGUACUCACCCAACUCCUCCUCGGUGUGCCUCUAGAACUCGUUCAUCAAUGGCGUGUAAUUGUCGUCUACUUGGCAGGGGUUCUUAUCAGGCUCACUCCUGGUGUCAGCCGUGGAUUCUCACGUCUUUCUCGCUGGUGCCUCUGGAGAUGGAGUUUCAACUGGAUACGGGCUAUAGUUUUGGUGAAUUUUGAUUGGCUCCGACACAGCCGUCUCCGUCUAUCAACGAUAUUUCGUCGACCGGGUCGACAGGGUUUCUUACGUGUCCCACAUCGGAGGCUUCGUGGCAGGAAUCCUGCUAGGUGUGGUGGUCCUCCGAAAUUUCCGUCGUCAUCGAUGGGAAGGCAAGCUGUGGUGGGCCUCCCUGGUCGCCUUCGUGUUCUUCAUCGCCAUAUGUGUAGUGCUGAUCAUUGCACCUGA